AUGAAGCAUCGAAAAGAUUAUGCUGACCCCCCCCACUCGCCCCCGCAUGUGAUUCAGAGCAAAAGCAACAUGCUAUCAGGAAAGGAAUCUGCCACAGCCACCGCGCUCCCUCAGGCCGGGCGGGGGACACCCCAGGUCUGCGUGGCCCCCGCGCCGCCACGCCCAGUGGCCGCCCGAGCCCUGCGAGCAGGGGGAGGAGCCGCCGCCAGUGGAGGCGGAGGAGCAGAGGAGGCGGAGACGGCGGAGACGGCGGAGAAGGCGGAGAGGAAGGUGGAGGCGGAGGCGAAGGUGGAGGGGAAGGUGGAGGCGGCGGGGAAGGUGGAGGCGGCCGGGAAGGUGGACGCCACCGGGAAGGUGGAGACGGCAGGGAAGGUGGACGCUGCCGGGAAGGUGGAGACGGCGGAGGGUUCGGGCCGCCGGGUAGAGCUCAAGCUGGAGCCCGACCCCGAACCCGAGCCGGCACGGGAGGCGGAGCAGGGGCCGAAGGGGGAGCCGAAGCAGGAGCCAGAGGAUGAGAACCCGGCGCGGAGCGGCGGUGGCGGCGCCAGCGACGAGGUUCCUCUCCCCACCCUUCCCUCCGAUCCCCCGCGGCCCCCCGAUCCCUCCCCGCGGCGCAGCCGUGCCCCCCGCCGCCGACCCCGGCCGCGGCCGCAGACCCGGCUCCGUACCCCGCCGCAGCCUAGGCCACGGCCCCCGCCCCGGCCCCGGCCCCGGCGCGGCCCUGGGGGCGGAUGCCUGGAUGUGGAUUUCGCUGUGGGUCCACCAGGCUGUUCCCACGUGAACAGCUUUAAGGUGGGAGAGAACUGGAGGCAGGAACUGCGGGUGAUCUACCAGUGCUUCGUGUGGUGUGGAACCCCAGAGACCAGGAAAAGCAAGGCAAAGUCGUGCAUCUGCCAUGUGUGCGGCACCCAUUUGAACAGACUCCACUCUUGCCUUUCCUGUGUCUUCUUUGGCUGCUUCACAGAGAAACACAUUCAUGAGCACGCUGAGACAAAACAACACAACUUAGCUGUAGACCUUUAUUACGGAGGUAUAUACUGCUUUAUGUGUAAGGAUUAUGUAUAUGACAAAGACAUUGAGCAAAUUGCCAAAGAAGAGCAAGGGGAAGCUUUGAAAUUACAAGCUUCCACCUCAACCGAGGUUUCUCACCAGCAGUGUUCAAUGCCAGGCCUCAGUGAGAAAUAUCCAACCUGGGAGACAACCAAACCCGAGUUAGAACUGCUGGGCCACAACCCAAGGAGAAGAAGAAUUACCUCCAGCUUUACCAUCGGUUUAAGAGGACUAAUCAAUCUUGGCAACACGUGCUUUAUGAACUGCAUCGUCCAGGCCCUUACCCACACUCCGAUCCUAAGAGAUUUCUUCCUCUCCGACAGGCACAGAUGUGAAAUGCCAAGUCCCGAGUUGUGUCUGGUCUGUGAGAUGUCUUCGCUUUUUCGGGAGUUGUAUUCUGGAAAUCCAUCUCCUCACGUUCCCUAUAAAUUACUGCACCUGGUGUGGAUACACGCACGACAUUUAGCAGGGUACAGGCAACAGGAUGCCCAUGAGUUCCUCAUCGCAGCGUUAGAUGUCCUGCACAGGCACUGCAAAGGUGAUGAUGCCGGGAAGGCAGCCAACAAUCCCAACCACUGUAACUGCAUCAUUGACCAAAUCUUCACAGGUGGCCUGCAAUCUGAUGUUACCUGUCAAGCCUGCCAUGGUGUCUCCACCACGAUAGACCCAUGCUGGGACAUCAGUUUGGACUUGCCUGGCUCUUGCACCUCCUUCUGGCCUAUGAGCCCAGGGAGGGAGAGCAGUGUGAAUGGGGAAAGCCACAUACCAGGAAUCACCACCCUCACGGACUGCCUGCGAAGGUUUACGAGGCCAGAGCACUUAGGAAGCAGUGCCAAAAUCAAGUGCGGUAGUUGCCAAAGCUACCAGGAAUCUACCAAACAGCUCACAAUGAAUAAAUUACCUGUCGUUGCCUGUUUUCAUUUCAAACGGUUUGAACACUCAGCCAAACAGAGGCGCAAGAUCACUACAUACAUAUCCUUUCCUCUGGAGCUGGAUAUGACACCGUUCAUGGCCUCGAGUAAAGAGAGCAGGAUGAAUGGACAGUUGCAGCUGCCAACCAAUAGUGGAAACGACGAGAAUAAGUAUUCCUUGUUUGCUGUGGUUAAUCACCAAGGAACCUUGGAGAGUGGCCACUACACCAGCUUCAUCCGGCACCACAAGGACCAGUGGUUCAAGUGUGAUGAUGCCGUCAUCACCAAGGCCAGUAUUAAGGACGUUCUGGACAGUGAAGGGUAUUUACUGUUCUAUCACAAACAGGUCCUGGAACAUGAGUCAGAAAAAGUGAAAGAAGUGAAUACACAAGCCUACUGAAGUGACACACAGACCUACCUACCUGUAAUGGAAGAUGACAGCACCCAUACUACAACUGGCAUUGAGAUUUAAAGGACCUACUUGCAUGGCCCACGGGCCUGACAGAGUAAGAAUUGAACAGUUCCCAGUGUCUAAAAGGUCCUGAUUGGAAGAGAAAUAGAAGGGGCGGGAGAAGAGGCUCUAGUCUAAGCAGUCAUUUAAAGGAAGAUUAAAUGGCAGGAUGCUCUGGGUGGGGAAGGCAGGAGCAGGGAAAUCCUGACACUG